UAGGUUUUCUGUAGUCUCUUCUAGUUCUAGCAAUGGCGAAUCGCAUCCGCGUAAUGUUUCUUACUCUCUCUCGGCGGACUGACGGAGAAGGAUUCUUCUUCUAUUCCACUUCAUCUCAGUCCCUGCAAGGUUUCUCUACUUUUUUGCUCUCUUUCGUCAACGAAAUUAUUGGACUUUGAUGUGUAUUUUUUGCCCUUCAGCUACAAUUCACCUUUAUGUUCUAAUCCUUCCCCGAAAAUCAAAUUCGAUUUUGAUCUUGUUUUCCCACAUCCUCUGCGCGUUGAAAUUCAUUGUUAUUUCCAUAUGGGUGUUUGUGUUGACUGAUGUAAUGCAUAUGUAUAUGAAAUCAGAACAGAGAAACUGAAUUGGGGCAUUUUCUAACAUAGAUUUCAGGUGCUGAAUUUGUACCGUUUGCCCUUUCUGAGAUCGAGGAUAUGAAGUAAUCCUUCUCUGUCUUUCAUCAAUUACUCUAUAAGCUAUGACAUUUCUGCUCCAUAAAGUUGUUCCACAUUUAUCUCGAAGAAUCCUAACUAGAGAUUUUACUACUCCUUCUCAAACCCAUAUAGGGAAAAAGUUUAUCUUGUUUAAUGGAAAAGAUGCCAACAUAAACCGCCUUUGUAAUGAGAAGAAGUUCAAAGAGGCUAUAGCUAUUCUCUGCGAGCAAAGAUGUUUAAGAGAGGCAGUUCAAUUGCUCUAUCACCUCGAGAAACCCUGUGCUUCAAUUUACUCAACUUUACUACAAUUUUGUCUCCAUCAACGAGCUCUUGAAGAGGGUAAACAAGUCCAUGCCCACAUCAAAGCCUCCGGGUUCGUGCCCGGAUUAUACAUUUCGAAUCGUUUGCUUGAUAUGUAUGCUAAAUGUGGGAGUUUGGUGGAAGCCCAGAAACUGUUUGACGAAAUGAUGGAAAGGGAUUUGUGUUCCUGGAAUACUAUGAUUUCUGGUUAUGUCAAAGGGGGGAAUUUUGAAAAAGCAAGGAACUUGUUUGGUAAAAUGCCUGAGAGAGAUAACUUUUCUUGGACAGCAAUUAUAUCGGGAUGUGUUCGACAUAAUCGUGCCGAAGAGGCCUUAGAGUUGUAUAGAUUGAUGCAAAAACAUGAGAACUCAAAAUCCAAUAAAUUCACUGUAUCUAGUGCUCUUGCUGCUUCAGCAGCUAUUAGAAGUUUACACAUGGGUAAGGAGAUGCAUGGUCAUAUUAUGAGAAUGGGGUUGGAUUCAGAUGAGGUAGUUUGGAGCUCCCUCUUGGAUAUGUAUGGGAAAUGUGGAAGCAUAGAGGAAGCUAGAUACAUUUUCGACAAGAUGGUCGAUAAAGAUAUUGUUUCAUGGACAGCAAUGAUAGAUCGGUACUUUGAAGAUGCGAGGAGGGAAGAGGGAUUUGCUCUAUUUCGACACUUAAUGAGUUCAAAUAUCAAACCAAAUGAGUUCACAUUUGCUGGUGUCUUGAAUGCUUGUGCCGAUCAUGCUGCAGAGGAUUUGGGUAAGCAAAUUCAUGCCUUCAUGAUGCGUGUAGGAUUUGACCCAUCUUCAUUUGCUGCUAGUGCUCUUGUUCAUAUGUAUUCGAAGUGCGGGAAUAUCGAGAAUGCCAAAAGUGUAUUCAAAGGGAUGCCCCAACCCGAUUUGGUUUCUUGGACUUCCUUGAUCGUUGGUCAUGCACAAAACGGUCAGCACAACGAGGCUCUCCAUUUCUUUGAAUUGCUACUUAAAUCAGGCACCAACCCAGAUCAUAUUACUUUUGUCGGAGUUCUUUCUGCUUGUACUCAUGCCGGACUAGUCGAUAAAGGACUCGAGUACUUCCACUCCAUCAAGGAAAAGCAUGGUUUGACACACACUGCCGAUCACUAUGCUUGUAUAAUCGACUUAUUGGCCCGUGCUGGCCGCUUUACAGAAGCCGAGAGCAUAAUCAACAAAAUGCCUAUGAAGCCAGACAAGUUUUUAUGGGCUUCUUUACUAGGUGGUUGUCGAAUGUAUGGUAACCUUGAACUAGCAGAAAGAGCAGCAAAAGCUUUAUUUGACAUAGAACCUGAGAAUCCAGCCACUUACAUUACUCUGGCCAAUAUCUAUGCCACUGCUGGUAAAUGGGCUGAAGUAGCACAGAUCAGGAAGACCAUGGAUAACAGGGGAAUAGUGAAGAAGCCCGGUUUGAGUUGGAUUGAGAUCAAGAGAGAAGUUCACGUGUUCGCAGUCGGAGAUAACUCACAUCCGAAAGUGAACGAAAUACUCGAGUAUUUGGGCGAGCUGUCAAGGAAAAUGAAAGAAGCUGGCCAUGUACCUGAUACAAAAUUUGUGCUACAUGAUGUGGAAUUGGAGCAGAAGGAACAAAACCUUUCUUACCAUAGUGAGAAACUUGCAGUUGCAUUUGGAAUCAUUUCAACACCUCCAGGUACGCCAAUCAAAGUUUUCAAGAAUCUAAGAACUUGUGUUGAUUGUCAUAAUGCAAUGAAGUUUAUUUCCAAGAUUACCAACAGGAAAAUAAUUGUGAGAGAUUCAAAUAGAUUUCAUUGUUUUGAAGCUGGUAGUUGUUCAUGUAAGGAUUAUUGGUGAUACACACGACUCAAAUUUUUGUAGACUUGGCUUCAAGUUAGAUUACUUGAGUAAUUUACUUUCUAAAUCUACAA